UGUUACCGUCAGUACGGUAUGUGAACGCCGCAGUCAGUCACUUGUGUUUAUCCCUGAGCUCUGCUGCACCGCUGCUCGACACUCUGCUGCUCAGACUCUAAUCACGUCAUUAUCUGGUGCAAAAGUUAGUGUGUUCCUUUCUGACUGCCAGGUACGGUGCUUAUAUUUUCAUUAUUGCUGCAAAAUAUCUCCGUAGCGCUUUAUUCUAAGGCUUAGAAUAAACAAUUUAUGGUCUUGCGCGUCGCCUCCUUGACUAGAAUUUAGUCCUGCGUAAAAGUAACAUCACAUUUUGCUGCAGCGACCAGCUUUGUGUCUGCUAGUUUAGAGGCGCCUUGCUGUUGUUAUUCCCUAUACUGCAGCACCAUACGGCAAUAUUCAACUGGAAGUUUGUUGUUUUGUUGCGGCUGUUAGGCCCGUAAAGCAUCCUUUCAGCCGCAUCAUCAGAGUUCAGCCCACAGCUCCUCUGCGUAAAGGUGAUCAUCGGGUGACACCAGGAGGAGGACUCAAAAACGAGGCAGUUGGGCCUGAUUCAGGUGCGGGACUAUACUCGAGUUUAAGACGAAAUUACUUGCUGAGUUGAAUAAAUAGAAGUCUGGGUUCAUGCCGGAUUUCGAGCACUUCAGAUUUUCCUAUUCGAGCAUGAAUCCGGUCCUGGGGGAGAGUGGCUUCCUGGCUCCACAGCAGCAUCAGCACCAGAUGACGGGCCAGACCGACUCCGCCAUCCCGGAGCCAGGCUACUUCCUGGGGGACCACGGCGGGUUCGGGCCUGAUGGGUUGUCUGGGCUGGACCUGGGAGCUCUGCCGCCGUCGGGCCUUGCUUACCUGCACCUAAGCACCCCCUUGCACCGCGUGCCCCCGGCGGCCACAGCGCUGCGCAACGACUUGGGAUCCAACAUCAGCGUCCUGAAGACUCUGAACCUGCGCUUCCGCUGCUUUUUAGCUAAAGUGCACGAGCUGGAGCGCAGGAACAAGGUGUUGGAGAAGCAGCUGCAGCAGGCUCUUGAAGGUAACUGCGGAGAGGAUGGACACCCGAAGCCGCAGACCAAAGACAUGGGGGUCCAGACCGGAUUUAUUGGACCCAUUCCAGCCAGACCGAACCUCAUCCCGCUCCACAACGCCAACAACUCGGCCUACCUCCCCGGCGGCCUCCUCUCUCCCACCCUGAACCCCCCUCCUCUUUUUGACAACAAAUACCUGCUGGGGAACAACCUCAACCCGAGCCAAGUCUCCACGGAUUCAAACUCCAACCUCACCACCUCUGGUUUCUCCAUCAGCCCGGCGCUGAGUCCCGUCGACCCGUCCAAAACCAUCAACAACAUCAACGAGAAAUACGCUUCAAACACCGGGACGAACACCGACAACAUCCCCCCUCCUCCUCCGCGCUUCCUCCCCGGGACGAUCUGGUCCUUCAACCACACCCGCCGGUUCGGGACCGGGAGGGAGUCAUGCGUCACGGGCCCCGGGGUCUCCUGGACACACCCGGACGGUGUCGGGGUCCAGAUCGACACCAUCACACCUGAGAUCAGGGCUCUGUACAACGUGCUGGCCAAGGUGAAGAGAGAAAGAGACGAGUACAAGAGAAGAUGGGAGGAAGAGUACACAGCCAGAAUGGACCUGCAGGAGAAGGUGGCUGAACUCGAGGAGGACCUGCAGGAGAGCGAGGUGUGUCAGGACGAGCUGGCUCUGAGAGUGAAGCAGCUGAAGGCCGAACUCGUCCUCUUUAAAGGACUCGUUAGCAACAACCUGUCAGAUCUGGACAGUAAAAUCCAGGAGAAGGCAAUGAAGGUUGACAUGGACAUCUGCCGCCGCAUCGAUAUCACCGCCCGCCUCUGCGACGUUGCCCAGCAGAGGAACUGCGAGGACAUGAUCAACAUGUUUCAGGUGGCCACACCCCCCUCCACUAUGAGUGGCCGGGCCAGGAAACAGAGUGGGCAGUCAGCAAAGGGUGCGGAUGGAGACGAACUGAGCAUGUCCGAAAGCGAGGGAGGCGGGGCUAAAGAUGAGGAGUCCUGCAGCACGUCGGCCAAUCAGAUCAACGAGCAGAUGCAGAGGAUGCUGAAUCAGCUGAGGGAGUGUGAGUUUGAGGAUGACUGCGACAGUCUGGCCUGGGAGGAGACGGAGGAAACUCUUCUGCUGUGGGAAGAUUUUCCUGGAUACCCACUGGGAGUGGAAGCACAGGGAGAGCUUCAGCAGCAGGAGGAGUCCAUUGAGGAUGUGAUAAAAGACACAGAGACUCUGUUCAAAUCCAGAGAGAAGGAAUACCAGGAGACCAUCGACCAGAUUGAGCUGGAACUGGCCACAGCCAAGAAGGACAUGAACCGUCACUUGCACGAGUACAUGGAGAUGUGUUCAAUGAAAAGAGGGCUGGACGUUCAGAUGGAGACUUGCAGGAGACUCAUCACACAGAGUGGAGACAGGAAGUCACCCUCGCUCAUCACAGUGGACGACUCGGACGGUGAGGAGAAGAAGAAGCCAGCUCUCCCUGCCGACUCUCUGACCAGCGACUCUCACUGCGAUGCCAACGCCGCCAUCCCUCCUCUGACCUGGAGGAAGCCCUAACAAACACUGCUACUACAAUCAGAGAAUGUCACACUAACGCUCUCCUCUUCCUGUAGUGUGGUUCCAUAGCCUAAAUCUAAUGGGGGGUGGGGGAAAAAUUGAGCUGUGUACAACUUCACAACUUCCACACAUCUAAAAUUAUGUCUCAGUGGUUUUUGUUCACCCAUAGUAAAAAUGAUUUUAAAUCCAGCAGAUGUAAAAAUGUAUGUUCUUGGUCUUUAAGCCUCUUUCGAAGCAGCCAGUCUGAUGAUGUUUGGUUACUUUUACUGUUCACAAACUCAACAGCAGGUGAUUAAAGGCAAAGGAGAAGAACUUAAAUCUGUUAUUGAGAGCAGAAAAGUUUCACCCACAUACACACAAAAGUAGAAUUUGCUUGCAAAGCUUGUAGAGUGAAUUAUAGAAAGAUCUGAGCUUCAUCAAAAAGGCAAUAAUCAUUCACUUGAUGUUUAACUGCUGCCCUCCUGUGGUCAUCAGCUGUAACUGCACCUUAGUGAAGGUCAAACAGAACAAAAUGGAAUUUUGUCAGACAUUCACAGAGGGACAUAUUUUAUUUUGCGCACUGACCUGGCUGUUUAGUGCAGGAGCCAAUCAUUUGCACAGUUUUAGUAAUAAUGCCUUUCAGCUGCAGCUGCACAGACAAAGUGACGCACAAUGAAAGAGUUUGCACACGACUGUGGUUAAGAGUCUGAACAGUUUACUAAUUAACCAAAUUAUUUAUGAUAAUGAAAUGCUUGUUUUUAUUCUGUGUUUUGGUUACUUGUGUAUAAACCUGUCAUGUGCUGCAGCUUUGAAAUGUUGCAAUUAUAAGCAGAUGUUUAAUUCCUAAAAAUGUAGUUACAUGUUCAUGAUUUUCUGGGAUUUUACUGAAAGUAAACUAAAUAUUAAACAAAAAUUUCACAUUCAUCUCCACCUAUCAAAGCCCAACUUGCCUUAAACUGAUUUCUAAUAUGACACCUUCUGUGAUAAAAAACAUUGUAGCUGCAUGAGAGUCAAUGUUAGUCAUGAGAGCUGUCCUGAAGAUGCAUCUUUGAGCAUUCAAUCCUCUUAUUUUCUUUCUUAAUUAGAGUUUUUUGGUUUUGCUGGUGCAGUCCAGUGUACAAGUUUAUACCGGUUUAAUUUUGUGCAAACAGGCAUUUGUCGUUGUAACGUGUUCUGGCAAAUUAAAAAGUAGCCCACAUCAGCAACCUGUGCCAACAGCUUCAAAGAGCUACAUCCAGCUUGUACUGCAGUAGUGAUAAGCAAUUUUACAAGAUGAUUAAGAUAUUUCUACGCUGAUAAACAGACUAACGGAGCCUCUAGUGUCUGACAGGCUGAGAGCCAACACAGCAACACAUGUUUUUUUUUACCAGAAAGUUUGUGUUUUUCGGGGUAAAGUGACAAGACAUGGAGGAGUUAGUCUCUCAGUUUGGAUUUGAAGCACACGAAGGAGGUGUGACAACAUGGACAUGAGUGACGCAGUGCACCGUAUUGAGCUGCACCUUGGUUAGACGCUCCCUCUAGUUACUUGUGUGUCUUGCAUUGAAAGCAUCACAAUGGACGAGGAAAGCCUGAUCCAUCAUUUUGAAUACUGAAUUAUGAAGGUACUUGCAGUUGGCUGUAUUGUAUGUCAUUUCUGGUAGAAAAUAUCACACUUUAAAAUGUGUUUUCAGUUUAAAAAGAACAAAUGAAUAUUAAGUAUUCACCCAUAUUUUAAGUGGUUUCGUCUCCAGUCUGAUCUGGAGUGCACAGCUGAUAUAAAUGUGGUUUGUUUACACGAUGUAACAGAGAUGCAUAACUAAUGGAUUCAAUGUGGACAGAGAGCUCUGAUGUUACGCGGUGCAAGGAGAUAGUCGAGUCCUUGCUUGCUCAGUGAACCAGUCCGGUGUUUGGCUUAAUAUCAAACCGGUUUGAAAACUGUUACACCGGCCCAAAGAAUAUUUUAGAAGUACAUAUUAGGAAACUCCAAACACCAAAACAACACUGACAUUGUUUUUUACUGAGAGUUUUAGACAGAUGAAAAACCAUGCUACUUUAAAUCUGUGUAAUGUAAUUUAAUAAGUUAUUUUGAUUUGGCUUAAAAUGCAACCUGUGUAAAGGACAGAUGUUAACUAACUAAUCAUUAUUUUCAUUGAUUAAUCCUGCAAUUACUUUCUACAAAAUUCUAUAAAAUAAAACUAAAAAGCGACGCGACAGUCAAAAGCCAAAGAUCUUCAGUUUACUUGACGUGGGCAAUCAAAUAGUUAAUAUUUGAGGAGCUAAAACCUGUUCAGUUUGGGGCAUUUUUACUUAAAAAAUUGUAAAAUUAUCAAAAUGAAGGCUGAUUAACAUUAUGUCAGUCGAUUAAAUUACUUUUUUAAUUAAUUGUUUCAGUUCUUCACAGAUCAACUUACACAUUUUUUAAAAUAUGAAUUUAGUUUUGAGAAUUGGAAGAGAUUUUCAGCUGAGGUGAAAUUUUUCUUAAACAAAUUAAAAGGGAAGGCGUCGAGCCAUCCUGUGUUAUGAAGUCAUUACUCCUGAAAUCCCAUCAUGCAACACCUUUGACACAUGUCCGCUGCAGAGAUCAUUUGUUUGAAAGAACUUGUCUGUGAUUAUGAGAUGUUUGGCAACAACAGAAAUUGAAGGGAAAUUUUAUUUUUGUUUUUAUUUUACAAAAGUAAAAACCUAUUUUAUGAAUGUACAGUUUGUAAAGGCUGAAUAUUGUAUCUGAUGUACAUAAUAAGGCUGUGUAUAUUGCUGAACUAUCUAUUAUGUACGCUUCAUGUUCUUAUCAUGUAAAGUUAGCUGAAUGCCACUCAGCCUUUUAUUUAUUCCUUACUUUUACUUUUGCUUACUCUUAACAGAUUGAGACAUCAUAGUAGGACAGCUGGCAUCAGUAUCAUUUAAGAAGGGUUGUCUCUUGCUGCAGUGAUUCAAAGUUAAAGUGACCUCUGAGUUUCCUGAUGAAGGAUGUGUGUGUAUAUAUAUAGUAUGUAGAGGAAAGAAGCCAUUUUGCAAAAGAUGUUUAAAAAAUUAUGAUUUUUUUUUUUUUUUACUUUGUUUGUGCCAGUUUUUCUGUCGUUGUUGACAUGAGUGUGUCACAGUUCACCUCUACAAACACAUCAUCUCUCAUUAUAUGAAUGUCUGCUGAGUCAAUAACCUGCCAUGUUCACCCAAAAAACAGAUCCAUGAAAGGAACACUUUUAGUUUUAGUCCUGUUGUUUUCUUCUCAGAGCACAUUUCUAAUCAAAAUGAACAUGCUUGUUUUCAUCUAUUAACGUAUUAUUUUACACUUUCUCAGCUAGUGCUCUGAGAAGAAAUGGACUAAAAUGCAACAUUAUUCCUUUAUGUAUUAUUAUAUCAAGGAGAAAAAAACACAGCAACUGCAAGUGUACAAUAUACUUAAAGCAAAAUAGACGGACAUUACUCACCUUAUCAAACUGUGUACAGGCGCUGCUUCAACUGAACUGUUGACAUCUAUAUUAUCAGAAUGUAAAUACUAUCUGUGGAAAGAGCAGAAAAUUGAAAUAAAUCAGGUGUGAAAGGAAAGACAAUGACUUAAAGACCUCAUGUAACAGAAACGAGAGAGUGUGGCCGAAACGGACUUCAACAGGUCAGCAUGUACUUGAGCUAAGCGCUAUUCUUUAUAUUUAAAAUAGUGUCUGUGAGCUCUCUGUGGCUGAUAUAGUUCAGAUACUUAGUUUGGUUUGUGUAAAUUGAGUCAUUGUUUUGAUGAGGUCUUUAACUUUUUGUUUUCUUUAUUUCGUAGAGCUGUAUGUUUGAGCAAUUCACAGAAGCUAAAUGAAAAAUUGUCCAGAAUAAAAGACAUAAUAGAGUC